AUGCACUCUGGUGUGUGCCGUGCUGCUAUGGGAGCUUGUCACCGUUGUGGAAGUAUGGAUCACAAGGUGCGGGAUUGUCCUGAAGAAGAUCAAAGGCCGAAGAGCCAGAACAGGAGUACUGGGGAACGCGUGUGCUACAACUGCGGGGAAACUGGACACUUCAAGAAUCAGUGUCCAAAGGACGCACAAUCGGCUGGGAAGCGUCCGAGUGAUGGGCCUCAGCCGGCUGCGAAGAGGCAGGCCAUCAUGCCGCGGAUGUACACCAUUGGAGAUGAGUCGUCGGACCCAAGCACGUCUCGUCCGAUCACUGGGACCUUAGUCAUGGGUGGAGUGGCAGCCCAUGUUCUGUUUGAUUCCGGUGCAUCUCACUGCUUUGUGCAACCCGAGAUGAUUGGAAUUGGAGGAUUUCAGAAAGAAGAAGAAGAAGUAAGACCGGUUCGGGCGGCUGGUGGUCAGAUCAUGUACACUUCAGGAAAAAUCCGAAACGUCUCUGUGAUGAUCGGGGGAGUGAACAUGCCAGCCGACUUGGUCAUUUGCCCAGUGAAAUCAUACGAUGUGAUCCUUGGAAUGGAUUGGCUAUUUGAAAUCGGCAAUGGAAAGCUUGUCUAUCAAGGGGUCAGACCGAUCAAUGGGAGUCUGAUCAUUUCAGCACUUCAAGCAGAACAAAUGCUGGAAAAAGGGUGUGAGGCCUAUCUGGCUUCAAUCACGACUGUGGAAGUCGGACCUGAUGCUGAAUUGGAAGGGAUUCCGAUUGUAAAGGAGUAUGAUGACGUGUUCGAAUCCUUGACAGGAUUACCACCGGACCGUUCUGAUCCUUUCACGAUUGAGCUUGAGCCGGGUACAACACCAAUCUCAAAAGCUCCGUAUCGGAUGGCUCCGGCUGAAAUGCUGAAAUGUCGAACUGAAUAA